AACCAGCUGUGCUUAGUCCCAUUUGGCCAGUCUAACUUGUAACAUUUCUUUGAAACAAAAAAUUCGAAUUUAUAAAAAAUACCCGAAAAAACGAAACCGAAAAUAUAAUAUAAAACGCUGAGCCUGAAAAUGUUCAAGGAGUUCGUAACGUAUGUGCAUCAUGUUGCGCAUAAAUUUUGCAUGGCUCGUCCCUUGGUCGUUGCACGUGGAACUGCUUGUCGCCCCAUUGUAAAGAAUUGUAUUUUGGCCAAUAUUAUAUUCUUUAUAGCGAUCUUUACACCACUUUACGUGUGCCUGAUUAAGGAUGUCCUUAGGUUGCUGCGAGAUCUUAACGCACGGUUCACCGAUGAGAAGUAACUCGGAGCCGUUGCCAACUCUUUGAGGCGUUGAUUGGCCAGAUUUUAUCGUAUUGAAACACAUAGAUACAGCGUACAGUUACCCGCUAAUAUCCACUCAAUAUAUAUUUAUAUAGUUUCGAUUGUGUGGCA